UAUUCUCGUUCCUGUAAUGAAGCCAGGAGCCGAGACAAGGACUCGUGAAAGUGCAGACCCUUGAUUUAGCGGCGCACGUGCCUUAUCGAUAACCAACAUUCACGUCUCGAACUUUUUCCUACGCUACUCAACACAACGAAAUGGCGGCGCAAAGAGGAGCAAGCGGUAUUGAAAAGAAGAAGCGGUCGAAGAAGAGGAGGACGAGAACUGAGGUCUCAUCAUCGAGCGAAAGUGACAGCGAUGUCUCAAGCGUAAAGAGUCAAAAGGCCGCCGCGGUAGAAGAAGAAACAAAGGAGGUUUCGCCAGCGCCAGCGCCAGCACCAGCGCCCGCUAAGAAAGAGAAGAAGAAGAAGAAGUCCAAAAUUGGCAGUGUACCAGAUGCUCAGCCAGAUGAAGAUGUCGCUAUGACGGAUGCACCAGCUUCCCCACCAUCGAAAAGGACGGCGUCAAAGGCCAGUCAACAAGCUCAAGACGACUUCGGCGCCCUCUAUCUGCGCAAAAUCGCGGCCGAGUUCGCUGACGAUCUCGACAAAGUGCGUGAAGCGCCAGACUUCAAGGCAAGUAGUGUGCCGAUGCUCAUUCAUGCGCUCAAGCAGGGCGAAAGUCUCUACAGUGUAGAUGAGAGAAAGAGGAUCGUAGGCGCGGCGAACGCGUGAAGAACAAGGGUAGCAUGGGUGGCGUUCGGAGUCUGGAAACAGUUUUGCGCAAAGAUCUUAAUAAUGCAAACAUUUGUAUAUUUCUCAGGGGGCCGGAACUUGGUCCCAAUCAUAGGCCAGAUUCCUCCCGAG